GCAGCUUACUUCAACGAUGUUGUUACCACACAUGGAUCGGCAAAGAAUUUGCCUCAAUCUUGCACCUCAAAAAUGAAGCCAAGUUUGUGUUUUUUCCCCCAAUACAUGGCACAACGAAUUCAGACGCCACUUUUCCUUAUAAAUGCCGCCUACGACUCAUGGCAGAUAAAGAACAUUCUGGCUCCUGAUGUUGCCGAUCCACAUGGUACCUGGAUUAAAUGCAAGCUCGAUAUAGAUAAUUGUUCACCCACAGAACUCCGAACCCUGCAGGGUAAUGAUGUUUAUGCUUUGAGUAACCCGAUUAACUUGUUUAUUCGAACCCUUAUCACACAUUUUGAAGUGAACCGGCUAUACUCAGAAGGAUUCUCUUCGAUUCGUUAAAAGAUGAAAGAGGUGAAUAGGGUCCCGAAUAACGAGGAAGAAAAUCAAAAGUCCAUUGAAAAUUUAUGCCAAUAGUUGCAGAAUCUCACCAG